AUGGACACAAAAUCAAGACGCCCACCGAAACAUAUCUUACUGGCAUUCUGCGCUAUCAUUGCACUUUUCUACCUCUUCAGAAUCAGGCCGCGACACCAGACGUUUGCGCAGGUGAACAGCAUCGUAGAUUGUUGCGAGGCAACACACGAUAAACCGGAAGGGUUAGGGCAGGCAGGCCAUAGCUGGGCGGGAUGGCAGACCGUGGAAAACAUGUUCAUAUUCGGCGACUCUUACUCAGACACCGGCUUUGACGUCGUCGGAGAACAACCAUCCGAAGAGAAGCCAAUGGGCAAUUCCCCUUUCUAUUGGGAACAUACCGGGCCCAGGUGGCCAAUGCUUUUAACGGAGACAUACAACGAUAGUGCUAUUAAGACUUACUGCUUCGCUACUUCUGGAGCUUCUGUCGAUAAGACAAUCGACAAUAAUGUCGUACCCCCAGACUUUGUCGAACAGGUUGAGCGCAUAUUCAUACCUUCCUUCGUCAAGGACAAUUCCGAAGAGUCGAGCUGGAAACCGGAGACCUCCCUUUUCGUAGUGUUCUUCGGGAUCAAUGACAAUCGCUUGUUGGAAAUGAUGCCUGGAAGCCGUACGUCAGAAACACAACGGCGCAUGCUAGAGAGGUAUAGUGAUAUGCUGCAAACACUCUAUGACAAUGGCGCCCGCAAUAUUAUGAUCGUCAAUGUGCCCCCUAUGGGCCGUUCGCCUAGUGGCACGAAUAAGAUAUCAAGGUUCAUUGCGACAUGGAACCAAGCUCUUUCUGAAAUGGCUAUCACAACGACACGAAUGCUUCGAGGAGCGAAGAUAUUGGAAUUCGACGCCUUCGAUUUCUUCAACCGAGGUCUUGACGACCCCACGGUGUACCAACAAACGAGUCAUAUCAAGAUCACAGAUGACCGCUGUGCAGCUUAUGACGAGGAAUGGAAAAGAGCGGUAGAGAUUGACGCAUUUGAUGAGGAUUGCGGUAUAGCGCUGAAGGACUACUUCUGGUGGGAUGCAUUGCAUCCAACGCCUUCCGUCCAGGAUGCUCUUGCAGAACAGAUUGCAGAGUACCUCCGGCAUGGAAAGGUGGCCAACACUGCGAAUGCAACGAGCGUAACGCACAAAUCUCACAGGCAAUCCGGUCAUCGGUUUGAGGAUUGA